AUGGAAGCACCUGAAUGGGUCGACAAUGCAGUAGAUUUAGGUACUACAAUUAUGGCCGUUGAAUUUGACGGUGGUGUUGUUAUGGGAGCAGACAGUAGAACAACCACAGGUGCAUAUAUCGCUAAUAGAGUAACCAACAAGAUUACUCCUAUUCAUGAAAAGAUUUAUUGUUGUAGAUCAGGUUCUGCUGCCGAUACUCAAGCAAUCUCUGAUUAUGUUAGAUACUAUCUCGAAAUGCAUACACAAGAGUUGGAUGAUCAACCGGUAGUAAAGACAGCAGCUUCAUUAUUCCAAUUACUUUGUUAUAAUAAUAAGAACAACUUGAUGGCAGGUAUCAUCGUUGCAGGUUGGGACAAGGACAAAGGAGGAAGCGUUUAUAAUAUCUCUCUUGGUGGUUCAAUGAUCAAGCAACCAUUUGCAAUGAGUGGAUCUGGUUCUACCUAUCUCUAUGGUCAUUGCGAUGCUCAAUUUAAACCAGGAAUGACCAAGGAAGAAUGUGUAAAAUUUGUUCAAAAUGCAUUGGCAUUGGCUAUGUUCAGAGAUGGUUCAUCUGGUGGUGUUAUUAGACUUUGUAUUAUUGACAAGGAAAAUGUAGAAAGAAGAACUAUUCCAGGCAACCAAUUGCCAAGAUUCUGGGAAGGCUAA